AUGCAAAAUCAUCAAUCACAACACCAUGUUUCAAUGAACAACCAACAACCAAUAGAUAUGCAUUAUAAUGGCCUAGUACAGAGUGUAGAAACUGAAAAAGAAUUUAUUGGUCGAGAUACAGUGAAUGGAUACGUGCAUACAUAUCCAGAAAAAGCAAAAAAUAAUAUUUAUCAACUCCACCAUGAUAAUAGUGACCAGCAGUUUCUUUCCCACUCGAAAAGUCAGGAUCUCUAUUUACCACAAACACUGCUUCAACAACGAAAUUCCAACAUCUCUGUGGGAUUGAAUCCUAACAUGGGUCCUUCUAUCACACAAGCCCAAAACCAUUGGGUUUUGGCUAAUGAUACUAAUCGAAUCGAUUCCUUCACACCACAUACUGCGUCAGCUAUCAUGAAUGAAAAGAGCCAAGACCACUCGUUUGAAACCCAACUUUCACAGAUUAGGCAAAGCGAUGGAAGCUAUAUACCUACUAGCUCAAAAAAUCAGAAAAUGUCGGAUUCCUCAUCUAGUGGUGAAAGGAAUAUUUCCGUUCCUAUAUCACCUUGUAAAUCAACAAACAUAGAAGAUAACUCACUAAGCUUCCAGGUAGGAAAUCUCCAAUCCAAUGAUAGGAUUUCAAGAAAUACGCUUUCACAGUCCUACAACUCUCCUAACAUUGUAACUGGCUCUGAGAAUCCAAAAUUGGAGCAACAGCCACAUCCGCAAACAAGAUCCAAAGGAUCGUCUGUCACAGCUGAGAAUAUGGUUCCUAUAGGUUACAAUGUCAAUCCCUCUGUAACACCAACAUCCACAGCAUCAAAUUUUAACACUGGUAUUAAUUCAAGGCUUAACCAAACAAUUCCUCCUAAUCAGCAUGUUGUUCCACCAAAUGUACAAGGCAACACAGUACCUGGAGCUAUACCUUAUCCGCAACCUAGUUCUGGUUUGAGCGAAGAGAUUAAACGAAGCCUUUCCAAUAUAGCGAUCGUGAGGUUUUUGAGGUUCAAAGACUUACUGAUAUGUCGACAUGAAAAGCCGAAUCUUCCGUAUUUAACACAGGUUGUAAAUGACUUCUUUGUUCCUGAUGCAUGCAUCAAAUUAAAAAUGAAAACCGAUGCUGAUGAAAAAUGUUUUACAUUUGCGUAUAAUUUAUUGCCGCUGCUUUAUCACAAGUAUCUAGCAAACAUUCAAAUGCUAGAAAUAAGCCAUAAGUUUUUGAAUGCCAUUGUUUUGGACGACCUUUCCAGUAUAGUUCAGACAGAUCAUAUUUCAGCCAAGUGCGUUUUUGAAGAUGGGUCAUAUAGUAAUUUUUUUGGCUCAAUGAAAAUCAAAAUGAACAAGAGUUUAAUGUUUGAAGAAAUUGAUAUAUUGACCGACUAUAAUGUUCAAGGAGUAGAGUUCUCGGCUUUAGAUAAAUUCAUGAGUGAUUUUCAACUCCACAACAAAACGAACCCAAGUAUAUUCGACAUAAAGCUGCAUUUCAAACAAGCAGCGAGUCUUAGUAAGCAUGGUUUGACUGACCAGUUUUUGAAGUUACUUCAGGUGAGUGAAGCAAUGACGUUAUCUAAACCAUUAUUGAAUCACUUUAUUCAGUCUAAAUCAAACAGUCUAUCUGAUUCUCUCAAGGAAUUCAAUCAGAUAAACUUUGCCGGAUUUCAACGACUUCAAAGUCUUUGCACAAAAGUAUCAACUGGGAUCAAUCAGAGGGUCUUACAAGAGACACACUCUCUUCAAUCCUUUACUUCAGGAGCUCAGGUUCCAGCUCAAGUUAAAAUAAGUUGUGUGUCUGCUCCUGCCACGGUGCAGAAUGGAGAUGACGGAUACCAAACUGGAAAUGGACUUAGUCAUGAUAUAUCGAACUAUUCGGCUUAUGGUGUACGCCCUUUGAAAAGAGCACCCAGUGACGAUAAUACACAGAUCGUCCCAAAAUCAUCACAGAAAAAGCUCAAGCUACAAAUUCCAGCUCCACCUAAGGUGUCUAAAAAGAGAAAAGAGUCCGAUAAGGCAAAGAAGCCCAAAGCCGAUUAUAAAAGUAUGAACAAAGAAAAUUCAACUAUUAAGUAA